UCCGACUCGGAAAAAGCAUUCCAAAACUGAGACUUCUUUAGCAUUUUGAAAACAAAUCAGAAUAGUGAAUUUGUUCGAGGGUUUCUUGCUGCGUGAUUGCAUUCGUUCCAUUGAAGAUAUUCAAGUGCUGGGUUAUCUUGUAUCUCUUGCAAAGAGAGAGUGGGAUUGUUGGUCUCCCGAUCAAAGACUGAGACCAUCUCCACCCACGCCACCCUUUCUGCUUCCCCCCAAACCACCAAGGUGGACAGUUCUUUAACUUGCAUUAGCUUUAUAGUCUCGUUGCUUACAUCAGACUUAGAGAUUUUUCUUUGCAUAAUCCGUUCCGGUGUAGAACUUCUUUUAUAGGGCUUGCAGAUGGCUUCAUCUGAUAAUAAGACGCAGAAACGAUGGAAGGGUUUAAUCAGGAAAGAAGAUAUUGCUUCAGAUUUAACAAGGUACAGUACACCAACAAAACUAGCUCUACUUAAGGAAGUUGCUCAGCUUCCUGAUGUGAUAAUAGAUAGGAAUGUGUUGGUCAAGAAGACGACAACCGGUAUUAUUAAUGCCCGGGAAUAUCCGAUGUUAUGGAGACAUUUGGCCUAUUGCGAUAAACUGCCAGAAGCAGUAGAUGAAAAACUUGAGGAACAGCGUUUGGACGAUGAAGAUAGUGACUUGGAGUAUGAGUUAUUGGAAGCUUUUCCUCCUGCUACUGAUGAAGCAUCAUUAGAGGUUGCUUCUUGUGUGAAGGUGCUGCUUGCUUCUGGUUUGUCAGAUGACGCAGGAAGUCCUAUAACUGUAGAAGCUCCAUUCACUACAAAUAUGCCUACUUGGCAGGAUUUUAAAAGUCCAUUGGAUAAUCCCCAGCCGUGCAGCUUGAAAGGAAUAAAUAUUGCUGUUCCAGUUUCUGUACAAAAACAAUCGUCGGCUGCGGUGACAACAGCUAAAGGGUUGGAUGGAACUGUGGCGACAACAGCUAAAGGAUUGGAUGGAACUGUGGCGACAACAGCUAAAGGAUUGGACGGAACCGUGGCAAAUGCUGGCGACGUUCAGCCUGCAAAAAGAAGAAAAAGGACAACCUGGACGCUAGAGGAGGAUAAUGAACUCAUUGCUGCUGUGAAGAAAUUAGGUGAAAGGAAUUGGGCUAACAUUCUUAAGGCAGAUAUUUUCAAGGGUGAUAGGACUGCUUCACAAUUAUCUCAGAGAUGGGGAAUCAUAAGGAAGAGACUAAGCAACAGACAAAAUGAACUCACAGAGCAACGGCUUGCUACCAACCAAGCAGUUACACAAGCUCUGAGCAUGCCCAUGAAUAAUAACUUAUCCGCAGCAUGUACAAUCAGCCCAGCAAAUUUGGUGGCUUCUGCUGCUACAGUUAACAGUCAGCAAAUCCCUCUCCAUACACCGAAAGGAACAUCUGGUGUCAUUGCAAAACCUCGAUCAAUUACUAAAAGAACAGCUCCGGUGGUCCCAAAUCCAGUGAUACAAGCAGCUGUUAUUGCUGCUGGAACCCGUACCGCCACUCCUCCAUCUGCCAUAUCAGUGCUUAAAAGUUGCACAAUCCAAGGUGUGACACCACCGUUGGCCCCUAACCACUCAGGCGCUCGGCCUAAUGUGCAUUACAUUUGUACAGGAUUGUCAUCAGCAUCCCCAACCACAUACUCUACUGCGGUACCAAGUGUCUCUCUGCCACCACCAACACCUGCAGUGAAAUGUAAGGUUCCCUCUGUUAGUGUUCUCGCCUCUGCAUCUACUUCAUAUGGGGCGGUUGCUGCCGGAAGGAAGACAAAUAGAGUUACAAGUGCCGGAGUUGGAAACACGUUGGAGGAAGAAAAGGCUCAGAACUCAUCUAAGGAAGUAGUUAAGAACUCAUCCAACGAAGAAGAGGUUAAUAACUCUCUAAGAAAGGACAGGUCAAGCCUGUAGAGAUGAUAAUCUAUUGUUCAGCAGAUAUAGUUAAGGAUGGCAAACAGGAUGAUCAAGCAGCUUAGAUUCAGAUAUGGUUACUGGAGAAAAAACGAUGCAGAAUCUUAGUAAGUUACCAACUGUGGAAGCUGCCGCCAGUGACCCAAUGCAGCUAGAUAAUCAUCAUAUCGAGAAAGAAGAAGAGAAUAUGAAAAA